AUGCCCCCAUCCCCAUCAGCCUCGAACGACCCACUGUACCUCGACCACGAAACCUCCUGCAAACGAAUCAGAGCAAUCCUAAAUCACUGCUACGUGGAGGAACUGAACUAUCGCAAACAGAAUCCCACCAAAGGCUCUUCAGCAGUCCUUUCCAUUCCUCGGUGUAGAGGAUUUGAACAAGAGGUCGAGGCUCUGGGCGUCAGAUUCCCGAUUGAAGGAGAGCUUGAUUUUGUUGUGAACAACGCCGCGGAGCCUGGCAAUGGCAUUGGUGUUGUCAUCUGCGUCAAUCCGUGGCCGGCGACCAUCCUCUGGCAGUGCAUCUCAUUCAUGGCACUCUGCCAUAACACUCGAAAGAGUGAAAACAAACGGCUCAUCUCGGUCUACGGCGUCGCGACCAACGGAAAAGACUUCUACUUCCUCGAGAUCGACGACAACGACAUGAUCUCAUUCCAUCGAACCCUCCUGCGACCGGACAGUGGUGCAAAGACGAACGAGGUGUACUCGUACUUCCGCCGGUUCUUCCGCCACAUUAUGGACAGAAGAAUCACAUCCGUACCUGGUACUCGGUUCAAGCCCUCGAUCUCCCCUUCUCGCCUCUAUUGA